CAUAGUUUUAUUUCAUUAAAAGUAUCAUUCAUAAUGUUAAUCUCAAUUUUCACAGAUCCAUCAGUUUUUAUCUGUACAAUGAGUAAGGCUGCUGAAGCUGAGGGAUAUGACAAACUUGAAGAACCACACUGUGAAACCAAGGCUGCGGUAGCAAAAAGGACUAAAUGUAUCCUCAUUAUUUGCUACUUGCUGGUGACCUUGGGAUUUGCUGUGGUAUUCAUGUUACUGUGUUGGGGUCGCAGGGGUGUACUUGUUGCUUCAGGUGCUCGCAAAACUUAUUGGCCUGACCCUCCUCCACAUGACCAAGUAGCAAAAGUAGCAAGAUACAUUGUUCAUACUUCAGAUUGGGGUUCUAUUGCCACAUUCUCUGCGGCUCCAAUGAUUGAAGGGUUCCCUUUUGCAAAUAUUCUGAGUCUGAGUGAUGGACCUGUUGAGGUAUCAACUGGGAUACCUUAUAUGUCUACUCCUAUGGAUUUAACUUCUCAUGAUCUUCAGAAUGAUUCAAGGGCAUCCCUGUCAAUGACAGAAGCUCAGUCUGACUAUUGCCACAAAAACAAUUAUGAUCCAGAGAGUCCACUAUGUGCUCGAAUUCUCAUCACGGGCCAUAUUGUCAAGGUUGAAGAAGGAUCAGCAGAAGAAGCCUUUGCUAGAAAUGCAUUGUUUUCACGACACCCUGAAAUGAGUGAAUGGCCACAAGGUCACCAGUGGUUUUUUGCAAAGAUGAGCAUCAACCACAUCUAUGUGUUGGAUUACUUUGGUGGAGCUGCUGUCGUCGAUGUUAAGGAAUAUUUUGCAGCUGAACCUUUUUAAUAGAAAGUAUGUUCACAAAGAUUGGCUGUCAUAGUUUGAUGUAUAUUUUAUGCAAGUUAGAAGUUAAGUUUAUCUUAUCUGUUCAGUACAGAUAUGUUAGUCUUUUUGUCUUUCAAACAGUUGUUUGUUUAGUUGUGACUUAUGAUGGUACAGUGUUGCACAACUAAAGCUUUCAUGCUGUAGUUCAGUUUCUAUUAGUAGCUGAUUGUUAGUUAUUGAUAAAAAGCAGAGGUGGUUUUUUAAUGAAAGGAACUAUAGUGUUAUAUGUUUACAUUGUAUAUAUAAUUAGGACCAUUGUUAGUUCCUCUUGUAAGAUAAAUUUUAUAUAUAGAUAAUAAUGGCAAGGAUGUUUCUUAGAUGCCAAAUAAACUUCCUCAUCAUGUUUGCAAACUUAAUAAAAUUACUUUUAUAGCUAAUGAAGUAAUAAAGUUACUGUUAUAGCUAA